UCUUCUUCCUCCUCCUCCUCCUCCUCCUCCUCCUCCUCUUCACAGGUGUGUGAUGGACAGCGAUGAUGAAGUCCGGGACCGAGCCACUUUCUACCUAAACGUUCUGCAGCAGAGACAGCUGGCCCUCAAUGCGGCCUACAUCUUUAAUGGUCUGACCGUCUCCAUUCCUGGCAUGGAAAAGGCCCUACACCAGUACACGCUGGAGCCUUCGGAGAAGCCUUUCGACCUGAGGUCCGUGCCGCUGGCCACGGCCCCCGCCUUCGAGCAAAAAGCAGAGAUUUCCCUGGUAGGCAACAAACCUGAAAAAGUGGCCCCUUCACGACAAGACAUCUUCCAAGAACAAUUGGCCGCCAUUCCUGAAUUCAAGAACCUGGGCCCGCUUUUCAAGUCCUCUGAGGCCGUGCAGCUGACAGAGGCUGAGACCGAAUACUUCGUCCGCUGCAUUAAACAUGUCUUCUCCAAUCACAUUGUCUUCCAGUUUGAUUGCACCAACACCCUGAACGACCAACUCUUGGAAAAAGUGACGGUUCAGAUGGAGCCUUCGGAAGCUUAUGAAGUCCUCCGUUGCAUCCCGGCACCCAACCUUUCGUACAACCAGCCGGGCAUGUGCUACACGCUAGUGCGCCUACCUCUGGACGACCCCACCGCAGUGGCUUGCACGUUUAGCUGCACGAUGAAGUUCACCGUUCGAGACUGCGACCCCAACACCGGCGUGCCGGACGAUGACGGUUACGACGACGAAUACGUGGUAAGACCCGGGGAGUUUGCAGUCGGAUGUAGAGGAGGAGGAAGAG